AUGUCAACAUCUGUGUCGUCAUCUAUUUUUGCAAGAGAAAUGGACUUGAAAUUAACACAUAAUAUUCUUCGUGUUAAAGACUUAAAUGAACUGAUUAAAUUUUAUGUGAAUAAUUUUGGCAUGAAAAACAUUGAAAUCUGUACACCAUCGCUUCCAUAUAAUGUUAAUGUUUUAGGAUAUACAACAAAUUAUGAUGAAAAUUUUAACAAAGCUUUAAAUACAUUGCCUUCACCGACAUUACUCGAAUUUCAUCACAAUGAUUCAUCAACGAAUACUUCAUUACUUGUUAAUAGUGGCGCAUCAAAAAUUUAUUGGAAGAUUGGUAUGACAUUGUAUGAUGUUGAUCAUGCACAACAAAUUUUACAAUCUAAACAAGUGAAUAUAACUGAUGCAUCACAAUUUGAAGAUAUCGGUUAUUUAUGUCAUUUGAAAGAUCUCAAUGGUUUUUGUAUUGAAUUGUUGCAGCAUGAUUUUGACACGACAUUUAAAGCUAAAAUUAACCAAAAAAGUAAACAACCACCACAAGAUAAAUUCCCAUUAGGAUAUCCUAGCUGCAUUGGUCAAAUAACAUUACAUGCAAAUGAUAUGGAUAAAACUCAAAGAUUCUAUCAAGAUCUAUUGGAUCCACCAAAAUCUGAUAUAAAAGACGUUACUGUUAAUCGUGAAUGGUUGUGGAAACGCCCGUAUACAACUCUCGAAAUAAGACACUUUCAUAGUUCAAGACAUAUACCACCUUUUAAAGAUUUACAAGAAAAUGAAAUUGGUUUUGAAGGUAUAAGAGUUAUGUGUAAUGACUUGAACACGUUCAUAGCCAAAAUGGAAGUAGAAAAUAUCAGUUUUAAAGAAUCCAAUGGGACAUAUGGUAGAGAAAUUGUGAUUCGCGAUCCAGAUAACGUACCAAUCUAUGUUUCAUAA